AUGCCUUCUAUUCUCGGAUGGAGCAUUCAGCUCACCUCUGUCGCGUCUCUGGUACUCGCAGCUGAGAAGAGACCCUCGGCUACCUACAAGGACUGCCAAAAGAAAACAGACAACCCGCUGGAUGGUUGCCCUGAGGGCACCAUCUAUGUGAGCAACGAGGAUGCAACAGCACACUUUCCCACCAUCCAAGAUGCCGUUCAUUCGCUCCCGAACGAUACGACCCCAUAUGUCAUCCUCAUCGGCGCUGGUAUCUACACAGAGCAGAUCAAUGUCACUCGUUCCGGUCCUGUCACUCUUCUGGGUCAGUCUGACCGCCCUUGGAACGGCGAAGUGUACUCCAAUGUAACAUACAAUGAAAACCCCCAAAACGAGGUCCAGGUAUACUGGAACGCAGCCAACUCGGCCACGUACCCCGACAAUUUGUACACCAGUGUCCUGGCGGUCGGUCCAACAUACAACGCUACGCAAACCGGCGCUGGCCCAACUGGCUAUCCCGUUCCAGCAGAUACUCCAUUCGGGUGCUCCGACUUCAGGGCUUACAACAUUGACUUCCGGAAUGAGUUUGCCCCUCGUGCUGCCGGGCCUGCCCAUGCUGUCGCAGUUGGGUAUGCAAACACCGGCUUCUAUUCUUGUGGUUUCUACAGCUACCAAGACACCGUCUAUAUCGGAAAGAAGGGCAACUCGGUCAUGUAUGACUCCGUUAUCGCGGGCCAAACUGAUUUCCUCUACGGCUUUGGCACUCUCUUUGUAGACAAGUCCACUCUACUGCUACGCAGCUGCGGCGGGGGCAUCACGGCUUGGAAAGGGACCAACACCACGUUCCCGAACAAGUACGGCGUGUACAUCGCAGACACCAACAUCAUUGCCACGAACACGACUGUGCUGCAGAACUACAAGGGGAAAUGCUCCCUGGGCCGUCCCUGGAACUCGCUGCAUCGGUCUCUCAUGAUGAACAGUUACCUGGACGAGGCAGCCCUUCCUGCAGGGUACACGACGUGGAAUGGAGGCAACUUCGACAAGAACACGACCAUGGCACUGUACAAUAUGAGGGGCCCUGGAAAUAACGAGCAGGCUCAACGCGAUGGGAAUGUCACGCUGGUGUGGGACAGGGAACAGGCGCUGCCGUACGCGAGGCCGUUGAGUGUCUUCAUGACGGCUGAAGGGGAGCAGCCGAAUGUGGACUGGAUUGACCCUGUGGUCCAUGUGGGAUGCAAAAAAUCACAGUCGUAG